AUCUUUCCCUCCUCCCCCCCCACCCAACGCCCCAUCCCCCCGGCCCCCCCGACCUCGGCAGUUCCCGAGCCGAAGACGGCGGAUGUAGAGAGAGAACGCCAUGGCGGAAGGCGAGACCCCUCGCCAAGGAAGCACAGGAGUAGGAGGAGGAGAGCCAUUGGAUCCCUCGCUGGGGAUCGAGUACCACCUUCCGGCCACCGUCCUCGCGACGGUCCUCUCGCGCCUCGAUCUCCGCUCCCUCUGCUCCGCCUCCGCCACCUGCCGCUCCCUCCGCGCCUGCGUCUCACAUACCCUCUCCUUCCUCCCCUCCUUCCACCUCCUCGAUAUCGCGCCGACGCUGGAUCUGCUGAGGCCUUUGCUGCCUCCGAACCCUCACCUCCGGAGCCUGCGUCUGGACUGCGGCCGCCUCGAUGACUCCUCGAUUGGGUAUCUGGCGAGGCCUUCGCUCCACGAGCUCUGCCUCCAUAACUGCGAGAACUUGAGCGGUACGCUCCUCUCCACGGUGGGAGCGAAAUGCCGGGAUCUCAGAACUCUCUCUUUGAGCUCUCUAGCUGAGCGUAGAGGACUUCCAAUCCUUUUUUCUGAUCUAGAGGAACUGCUUAAUGGAUGUUCUCAGUUGGAGCAUCUGACCUGGCACUUGAUGUCGCAACAUUUGAUAACCCUAAAUUUGGUCAUGUCUGGGCAACUGCAUCAGAAGGACUAUCUACUCUUGAAAUUGUUAUAUUCCUAUGACAAUGCUGACUCAGCUCUAUUGCAGAGGGCCCUCCCUUUGCUGACGCAUUUGGAUCUUCAAGAUGCUCCCAUUAUAGAGCCUACCAUAGCUUCUGAUCUCACAAAUGCUGGUCUCCAACGGAUCAAUCCACAUUGCAAAUUGAAACACAUUUCACUGAUACGAAGCCAGGAGUUCUUAUUCACGUACUUUCGUCGAGUGAAUGAUCUAGGCAUCCUUUUGAUGUCAGAUACUUGCUCUUUCGUUGGAGAGUAUCUCCCUUGGUGGUUUUUUGCCCGUGUCACAGAUACUGGUUUCAGGGCAAUUCUACACUCAUGCUCUAGCCUCCGGAAGCUUAUGGUUUCCCAUGGAAGCCAACUGACAGAUCUGGUGUUUCAUGACAUCUCAGCUAUCCUCUCUCUGACACAUGUUAGUUUCAGGUGGUGUAAUCUUCUAACCAACCUUGGGAUUGGGGGAUUAUCAUAUAACAAAGAGCUUAGCGUUCUUGACCUAAGAGAUUGUAGAAAUGUUGGUGAUGAUGCAGUAAGAGCAUUAAGCUAUCUUCCGAAGUUACAGACAUUAUUAUUAGAAGGCACUGAUGUCAGUGAUUUGGGAGUGUCGUACCUGGGUCAUGGGAAGUGUCCUUUGGCCUCAUUGUCUCUCAGAGGGUGCAGAAGACUAACAGAUGACUGCAUCUCAUCUAUCUUUGGUGGUUCCAUCCGGCCUAGCCUGCAAGUUUUAGACCUAUCUAGGCUUCCUAUCUAUCCGACAAUGGCAUUUUGGUUGCUGGCAAAGAGUAGGACUCCAAUUGUUGCCCGCAUCCGAGAAUGCCCACAUAUAGGGGAUACUUCAGUCAUGGCUCUAGCAUCAAUGCAAGUUGAAGGUGGGGUCCUCGGGAGUAGCUUGCAUUUGCUGGAUCUUCAAGACUGUGGUGGUAUUACGCCACUUGCAAUCCGAUGGUUUAAGAAGCCCUACUUCCCAAGGUUAGUGGCUGGGAGUAACAGGAGCUUGAACAGAGAUAUGGUGGAUGCUCUGGUAAGAAGCCGACCUUUCUUGCAUAUUGCAUGCCGUGGCGAGGAACUAGGAACAGGAUAUGGGGAUACAUCAUGUGGCUGGUAUAGGCAUGAAGAGGAUGAGCUUGAUGAACUUGAACAGUGGCUCCUGGAAGGUGAGGAUGCUAGUGGUGAUGAAGACAUGAUGGGGUGAUGUUUGUGUUAAAUACUAGCUUUAUAUUUUACGCAUGUUUAUCUUUAACCUUGUUGAUUAUGUAAUUUAUUGCUUGUAACUGUGACCGUUGCUCUUGAUUCACAAACUUGUAGCAGCUAAUGGUUCUUCUUGUCCACUAUGCGAUCAACGGCAUGAUGGUAUUUUUUUCUGAGUAGAUGAAUCCAUGUAGUAGAAGGAAGAGAUCAGGUGUGUUCCGAACUUGGCAAAAGUUUCUGUUUCAGUUUAUAUUCCUUUUUCA